AUGAAGCGCGCGGUUUUUUCCACUCUUGUUCUGAGCCUGGGUGUCGUCGCGGCCCCUCCCCUCGUUAGAGCCUCCGAGUCGACCCCCACCAGUGAGAGUGAAGUGGAACAGUUGCUGGGCGAGGACGCUGAAGUCCUUGAACAGCUGUCGACGGGCUUCAGCGCGGAGACCAUGGCCGCACUCUUCUCUAGUCUGGGAAUCCACCUCGACACAGACAUUACUGACGCAGUCAAGGUCGCUGAGGGACAGAUCGACCUGAGCAAGUUUGCUUCAGAGUUUUUCGAGAAAAUGCAUACAGCGCUGACCAGCAACAAGGCUCUGCAGGAGUUCCUCGGGCAGAUGGAAGGCCCGGAAGACCUCAGGGAUCUGUUCGAAAAGUUGAAGCGCUUGACCAAGGAGGGAGGUUCUGAUCCCGAACAGGUGGAGGAAAUCUUGCUGGAAGCGAGGGAUGCCACUGAGGGCGAGGCCGGAUCUGUCAAUACGACUGUUGACGCCUAA